GAAAGGGUUAUUCUGCCUUAGCCUGCCUAUAAAAAUGCUAUUGGCUGUUACCUGGCUUGGCCAAAGUACAGCCAGAAUGUCUUCUCUCGCCAUUCAGUGCAUUUGUUAUUUUGGCUGAAAGGAAAUAAGCAGAACCCUGCGCUUCCAGAGCAAAGAUGGAGCAACGGGACACAAUCAAGAGGGAAGGGAGGCUGACACCAGUGCUUGCUUUGGCGACGCUGAUAGCUGCCUUUGGGUCAUCCUUCCAGUAUGGGUACAAUGUGGCUGUUAUUAACUCCCCUGCCAAGCUCAUGAAAGCAUUUUAUAACGAGACCUACUAUGACAGAAUCAAUGAAUACAUAAGCGAAUUUUCCUUGACCUUGCUGUGGUCGGUUUCUGUGUCCAUGUUUCCCUUCGGAGGCUUCCUCGGCUCCCUCAUGGUCGGCCCCUUGGUGAAUAAAUUAGGCAGAAAAGGAACCUUGCUGUUCAACAACAUCUUUUCCAUCGUGCCUGCGAUCUUAAUGGGAUGCAGUGAAGUUGCCAGGUCAUUUGAGAUGAUCAUUGUGUCCAGACUUUUGGUGGGAAUAUGUGCAGGUCUGUCUUCCAAUGUCGUCCCUAUGUACUUAGGGGAGCUGGCUCCUAAGAACCUGAGGGGGGCCCUGGGGGUGGUGCCCCAGCUCUUCAUCACCGUCGGCAUCCUUGUGGCCCAGAUCUUGGGUCUUCGGAGUCUCCUCGCAAACGAAGAAGGCUGGCCCAUCCUCCUCGGGGUGACCGGGGUCCCCGCGGCACUGCAGCUCCUUCUGUUGCCCUUCUUCCCCGAGAGCCCCAGGUACCUGCUGAUUCAGAAGAAAGAUGAAGCGGCUGCCAAAAACGCGCUGAGGAGGCUGCGCGGCUGGGACGACGUGGACGCCGAGACGGAGGAGAUGCGGGAGGAGGACAAGGCCGAGAAGGCCGCGGGCUUCAUCUCCGUGCUGCAGCUGCUCAGAAAGAGGUCCCUGCGGUGGCAGCUCAUCACCAUCGUCGUCCUCAUGGGCGGCCAGCAGCUGUCGGGAGUGAACGCGAUCUACUACUACGCAGACCAGAUCUACCUGAGCGCUGGGGUGAGAGCACAGGAUGUCCAGUAUGUGACGGUGGGCACAGGCGCAGUCAACGUGCUGAUGACCGUCUGCGCCGUUUUCGUGGUGGAGCUCCUGGGGAGGAGAGUCCUUCUCCUCCUAGGCUUCUCCAUCUGCUGCACCGCCUGCUGCGUGCUGACGGCCGCCCUGGCUCUGCAGGACACAGUAUCCUGGAUGCCCUAUGUCAGCAUCGCCUGCAUCAUCUCCUAUGUCAUAGGACAUGCCCUUGGGCCCAGUCCUAUCCCCGCUCUGCUCAUCACCGAGAUCUUCCUGCAGUCCUCCCGGCCGUCUGCCUACAUGGUGGGGGGCAGUGUCCACUGGCUCUCCAACUUCACUGUGGGCUUGAUCUUCCCAUUCAUUCAAGUGGGCCUCGGAGCUUACAGCUUUAUCAUUUUUGCCGUGAUAUGUCUUCUCACCACCAUCUACACCUUCCUGGUUGUCCCCGAGACCAAGUCGAAAACCUUCAUAGAAAUCAGUCAGAUCUUCAGCAAGAUGAACAAAGUGUCAGAGGUGCACCCAGAAAAGGAGGAGCUAAAGGACUUUCCGCCCUCUACUGCGAGGCUGUAACUCGAGAGCAGGAGCCUGUUAAUCAGAUUGACGCGUCACCAACCCCAGGGCAUGCCGGGCAGCUGCCCUUCAACCAUGCCGGGUCAGCCAUUGUGUGGCUCCUGGCAACACCGGCUCUUAUAAUGAAGACCAUUACCGUGGUGUUGAGAUGGAAGGAAUCAAAUGUGGCCAAAGAAACGAAUUCUUCUCCAGUCCCGUCGUCUUCCGGGGGCCACGGGCACGUGUUCAGGGUGGAAUCCAUCCUCCUGUGAGAUCCAUCUCCAGAAACACUAGUUUUGAAAAGUAUGAUGUCACAAGUAAUGAUGUCUAGGAAUCUGGGAAGCAGGUCCCUGUGGAGACUUUAACCAAGUCAGAGAUUAUUGUUCCCAAAUUAUAUUAUUAGAGGACAAUAGAAUUGCCUCUGUAUACUCAAUAAAACGAAUAUGAUCACUUUUCA